CACUUUGCCCUAUUCCAAUAUGGCGUCGAGUUCAUUGCCUUCCUCUUCCCGUACCUUCCGGCCCUAUAAUGUUUGAUUCCUAGGCUAGGUACUCCGGCGUCCCAAAUGAUGUAACCCGGCUACGGCCCGGGAUGCUGUUAUUUGGCUUCGGCCUGCCUCAGGACAUGGAUUGCCAGGCUCUGGUCAUUCGGAUACGAAUCCCUGAUGGAGGCGCCGUAGACUGGACAGUACAGCCGGCCACUCAGUUGCUGUUCCGGGACAUCCUGGAUGUGAUUGGUCAAGUUAUCCCUGAUGCAACAACCACUGCCUUUGAGUACGAAGAUGAGGAUGGUGAUCGGAUUACAGUUCGGAGUGAUGAGGAAAUGAAGGCCAUGUUGUCAUAUUAUUGCAGCAUGGUCCUUGAGCAACAGGGAAGUGGACCUCUGAUGGAACCUCUGCAGAUCUAUCCACGUGCCUGCAAGCCUCCCGGGAAGCGGAACAUACAUGGCCUCAAGGUGAACACCCGAGCCGGAUCUUCCAGUAGCAGCAGUCCAUCUGUGCCAGACAAUAUUUCCAGCAAUUGUUUAAAGAAGUCCUCUGCUGAAUUAAAGAAGAUUUUAGCCAAUGGACAGAUUAAUGAGCUUGAUAUCCAGUGCCGUGACAUUCUGGGGCAUGGAAAUGGAGGGACCGUGUAUAAAGCGUAUCAUGUGCCAAGUGGAAAGAUUCUGGCUGUAAAGGUCAUCCCAUUAGAUAUUACUGUGGAGCUGCAGAGACAGAUAAUGUCAGAGCUUGAAAUCCUGUACAAGUGCGAUUCUCUGUACAUAAUUGGGUUUUAUGGAGCGUUUUUUGUGGAAAACCGGAUUUCCAUCUGUACUGAAUUUAUGGAUGGUGGAUCCCUGGAUGUGUACAGAAAGAUUCCAGAGCAGGUUCUUGGUAGAAUCGCUGUUGCUGUAUUGAAAGGCUUGACUUACCUGUGGAGCUUAAAGAUUUUACACAGAGAUGUGAAACCUUCCAACAUGCUAGUGAACACACGUGGCCAUGUGAAGUUGUGUGACUUUGGUGUGAGCACUCAGUUGGUGAAUUCUAUUGCCAAGACGUAUGUGGGAACAAAUGCUUAUAUGGCGCCAGAGCGUAUUGCAGGAGAACAAUAUGGAAUCCACUCUGAUGUCUGGAGUUUGGGCAUCUCUUUCAUGGAGUUGGCUCUUGGAAGAUUCCCUUAUCCACAGGUAUGUAUAUUCAGAAAAAACCACGGAUCUUUAAUGCCGCUCCAGAUAUUGCAAUGCAUUGUUGAUGAGGAGUGUCCUGUCCUCCCCGUGGGUGAAUUCUCUGAAUCCUUUGUGCACUUCAUUACACAAUGUAUGAGAAAGCCACCGAAGGAGAGACCAGCUCCCGAAAUGCUGAUGGAUCAUCCUUUCAUUGUCCAGUUCAAUGAUGGGAACACAGAAGCCGUGUCCAUGUGGGUGUGUCGGGCGCUGGAAGAGAGGAGGUUACAAAGUGGACAGGCGUAAUCUGUAUCCAUGGUGAAGAUCUGAGCCUAAUAGCAAGGCAAACAGCGAUCAAUGGCUGCAGAAGAUCAACUCGCACCUUCAGCGCAGAGACUUAUUUAAAUUCUUUCUGUGCAGUGCCUUCAGCCAUGCCUUUAAGGAUGUGGCCUUUUGAGCCGUCCGGUGAUAACAUUUGUCUGUUUCAUAAUGGCAACUUCACACUGUGCCCAGAAAUGAAAGGCCUGCAGAAGAGUGGGCUUAUUGGAAAGAUGACUGUUACAUAUCACAUAAACUUUUAGAUAGCUCAGAUUAAAAAAAAGGCAGAGAUAACCCUCACUUAUCAAGAGGUUCAUUUCUUUGGUUAGGGAGUUUCUGUACUGAGAACUCUCCAGAACGCAGACUUGUGUAUGUGUGCCAUUUAAUUCCAGGUCUUGGGGGUCCUUCGUUCCAUCUGACUUGGCUUAUAGAAUUUUCCCAAUAAUGACCUCAGACACACAGGUGCCUUCCCUCCUCGCCUUUUGUUUUUGGGGGUUCCAACUAGUAGUUAUGUAUCAUUUUCUAAUUAUUGGUCUCUGCUUCUUCUGUAAUAAAUGUUUUUAAUACUA